AUGCUCAGUGUUCAGUAUAACGCCGUGGAGAACAAGAAAAAGUAAGUCAUUACGCAAUAGUCUUAACUCUUAUUCUCAUCACCCCAUUGUUUGCUGCAACGCUUUUUUACUCGAAAGUUCUCAAAGCUUUUCGUCAGUAACAAGCAGGGCUCUUGCCGUCGCCUACCGUCUGAGACACUCGAUACGAAACGACACCCACAUAAAUUUUCCGCUCAAGAAUUGGAUUGAGUAG